AUGGCUACCAACAUCACCUGGCACCCUUCUUUGUCGCGCAAGGAGCGCAAUGAGACCCGCGGUCAGCGCGGUCUCACCAUCUGGUUGACCGGUCUCUCCGCCUCUGGCAAGUCCACCGUCGCCACCGCUCUUGAGCAGCACCUUCUUCACCUGGGCGUCGCCGCCUACCGUCUCGAUGGCGACAACGUUCGCUUCGGCCUCAACAAGGAUCUCGGGUUCUCUGAAGCCGACAGAAACGAGAACAUCCGCCGCAUCUCCGAGGUUGCUAAGCUCUUCGCCGAUUCUUCCACCGUCGCUAUCACAUCAUUCAUCUCGCCUUACCGAGCUGAUCGCAAGGUCGCCCGUGACCUGCACGAGCAGGCCACUCAGGGUGGUGAAGAGCCCAUUCCCUUCGUUGAGGUUUACGUCGACGUGCCCCUCGAAGUCGCUGAGCAGCGCGAUCCUAAGGGUCUCUACAAGAAGGCUCGCGCCGGUGAGAUCAAGGAUUUCACCGGAAUCUCUGCUCCCUACGAGGAGCCCGAGAAGGCCGAGAUCACUAUCAAGACUCACGAGAACUCCGUUGAGGAGUGUGUUGCCCAGAUCGUCGAGUGGCUUAACGAGAAGGGUUACCUCAACAAGAAAUAA